AUGCCGUUGGGCGACUGUAAGCCUUCGCAACUUUGGAGGCUGAUGUGUAACGAGAUGAGCAACAUCCCACACGAGGACGCAUUUGUUAGGGAACUGUGGUUACAAACGUUACCACAGAACAUCCAACUCCUACUUGCUCCAGCGCAAGACAUGCCCACGGAGCGUUUGACGGUUAUGGCAGAUCAUGCCAUGCAGUACCAUCAACCCACAGUCACCCCGGUUACCCCCACCGUCCCUCCAGCUACAUCUAUCGACGGUUUCUUCCAGGCUUUCAUCACAAAACUAAGCGUUUUUAGUACGGAUAGAAAAUCAAGUGAUGCACGCAAUCGAGCACUCGCCAUAGAUCAAGGUCGCCCAACAAUAGUCAGUAAUAUUGUUGGUACCACGCACGUUUUGGUAAAUAUGCUGCCAAAUGCAUCAAUCCGUGCUCGUGGAAGUGUCAACCCGUUUCGGGAGAAGACUAAGCCGACGACUGAAUACGGUGUGAUCCGUUAG